AUGAAUGACAGGAACCAGGCCAACAACAACCCGGAUAUGGAUAACAACGCCAACAGAGAGAACAACUUCGACGACAGUACCAUCGACGACAACAACGCCAAAAACAGCAGCAGCAAAGUAACUGACAACGAUACGACAACUAAAAACCACAACAGUAGCAGUGACAGCAACACCAUCUUCAAAAUCAAAAGAUCAGAAAUAAGUCCAUCAUCAACACAAUCUCGAGUGGCAUUCAAGCCAGGAGUUUUCAUGCCUAACUCAACUAAAACACCUCGUUUUGUGCCGAAAUACAAAAUUGGUCCCAAAAACGUCAUUUCCAUUUUUGCCGAUAGCGCUUUUUCGGACAGACCAGAAAAUAUUUCUUGCAGUUCUAAAAACAGCGAAACAGAAUUUGUGAAAUCACCAAAUCGUCUGCCUCGAACCCCAUUCACAACACAGCGCAACAAAAAUGAUCAACCAAAAAACAAAUCAGAACAGAUCGACAUCUCUAUCCAGAAACCGGUUUUUGGCUACAGAAAUCAAGAGAUUCAUUACAAAAGAGAUGCUCUUUUGGACCGGUUAUGUCCGUGUAUCGAGUCGAAUGGAGCGAAAACAGCCGUAAUCUUAAUGGUGUUGAUGCUCUGUUUUGGGGUGAUAGCUAUCUGUAUUGGAGUUGGAGUGCAUUUUGCAGUAAUUUAUGGGAUGAACCCACAAAUGGUAGUACCAAGCAACAUCAACUUUAUACCAGAAAUACAACAUGUCAACCACAGCAGCAGCAGCAGUAGUAGAAGCAACCAUAGCAUCAGUAAGAAAGUUACCAACAUAACACCGAUAACAGAAAGCCACGACAACUACAACAUUAGUACUACUACUGCUACCACCACUACUACUACUGCUACCACCACCACCACCACCACCACUACUACCAGUAGUAGCACCAGCAUUAGCCACGUUACAACAACUGAGGCAACAAGUGAAGCGACAAAAAACGCCGUCAAUACUACUACUUCCACCACCAAUAACAACAAUAAUAACGACACUGACAAUAACAAUAAUUAA